GGCGCGAGAGCGGGAGGUGCUCUCUCUCACCUUCUCGUCGAUCUCGAUCUCUCAUUUUUGGAGGAGCUUUAGACUUUCGGAAUUUUACGGUAACUCGACGAGGGACAAAGUGGGCUCGACGAUGCUUCGAGAGAGCGCGAACGUUUCGCGACAGAGUAACGCGCCCUCGAACAUGCCGGACGGAUUGAUGGCCGACGUGUAAGCGUGCCUCCAGGCGGCGGAAAGAAGACGAACGAGAUAGGAGGAGGAGGGGGAGGAAGAGAGGAGCAGAACCGGGUGGCCUCGCCAGGGUGGAGGCGGCGUGAGAUGGUGGAUGUAGCGGUUGAUAAGCGAGGCGCGGCACAACCGGCACGAGGUAGACCAGGCGGACCGGCGAAUCUCACCACUUUACCGCGGGUGAUCAUCACCAUCCCCGUGGCGAGCGGCGAACGGUGGAGGCUCCCGUGCACCCUCGUGAUCGCGCGGGCGCCCGUCGUCGUGUGCGACAAGGUGAACCCGGCGGGUAGAGGGGGACGCGCGAAGCGCUGCACCGCGGAGGAGGCGGCGAAGAGGAGGCGGUAUCGGGAGGAAUAAAAGGGCCUCGUGACGGAGGGGCUUCGCACGGCCCUGGCGCGACUGCGGCACUGUACCCCUGCGGGGGGUUCGCUGCCGAACACACCAAAUCCACCGUCCACCCCGGAACACAAGUCCCAAGGAUGCUCGAGGGGUCGCGAGUCGGCGAACAGAUGCGGCAGUUUGGGGAGUAGCGCGUGUGACACGGGGGAUACAUCGCAGUCGCAGCCAUCGCGGGGGCAGCAGCAUGGAGCUGACGGCGGGGCGCGGGACGGCGACCUGCUGUCGUCCGCGAUCCGGCGAUUCAAUUUUAAAUCGGCCGGCGGCAGCCGUAGCUGCCGCACGGUGCCGAAAGUCGUGGUCAUGGGCUCCAGCACGGCGUCCGAGACCACGAUCAACACGAGCACCGACAGCGCAAACACGAUGCUUACUAUGGUGACGACGACGGACGGGGAGCAGCCGGACGACAGUUUCGACUUAAUCGACGUGCCGGCCGAGAUGUCGCCUCCCGCUACCGACUCGCCGCAACCGUCCAUCCACACCGGUCACCGACAUCCCGACGAGACCGCGAUUAGCCGUUCCUCAUCACCGGCGUCGCCCACCUCGCCGAUCUCCGUCGCGACGAACCGGCAGACACCGCCGCCGUUGGUACCGUCUUCGCCGUCAUCGCCGCUCUGCACCUUCGACGGCACCGAGGCGGGGCCGUCGAUGACCCGCUGUUCCCGCUCACGGCUCGACUCGACCCAACCGGACAGUGGCUCGAAGGUGAUCACCGGCUGCUCCUUGUCGACCGGCGCGAGUAAUGGCACGGAGGGCGCGGUCGUGCCGCCACCUACGCCGAUAGUCGGCGCGCACCAGGAGACCCGGUUCAACUUUGGCAGCGGCAGAACGCCGCCCCUACCGGAUCUACGGGCAGCGGACUUCUUCAGCACCCCCGUGAGAGGCUCCGUGGAUGCGGGCCAGCCCGAUUCGGCGGGCGACCCGCGCUCCUCGCUUCGCAACCUGGUCGCCGCGCAGGACAAGCAGAACGCCCGGCUGGGAUACCAGAUGGAUUACGCGAACCUCGGCAAAGGGAUCGGCAACCAGGUGAACGCGCUGGAUAAGUCUGAGCUGAAGCGGAGUCAAAAGAGGCCCAACAUCAACGUCACCACCAAUCCGCUCGACAUAUCGCUCAUAGGCGCUCAACCGUGCAACACCCACGGCUGUAACGCUCAGGGUAGCGGGAGCGUCAAGUCGCGGGGACGAUCAGCCGGUGGGAGCGCCGGCGCCGGCGGCGGCAAACGAUCCACCCAGGCUACCAUCGUGGUGCAACAGCCGUCCCUCUCGCUGGACGCGCCCGCGGCGACGAUCCUGCUGCACCCGGACGCGGACGCGAGACGGCGCGAGGAGAACAUGCGGCAGCUGCUGGACGUCGCCAACACCCUCACCCUGCAGGAGAUACACGACUUCGAGAUGAGAUACGGAAGCCCGCAUCACAGCCGCUCGCAAUCGGUGAAGGCCCCCGGGAGCCGCUCUUCCGGUCGGCCGAAUUACCUGUGUCUUCCGCAACAGAGAUCGCGAGUGGCGAGUAUGCCCAACACCGGCGUGGAGGAGGAAUAUUACAGGCUGCGGCACUUCAGCAUCACGGGGAAAGGCGUGGUGAACCGGGGCGACUCGCUCAAGAGUCGCAGGUCGCGCUCCAACAACAGCGUCGCGUCCAGCAACUCCAGCCUUUCUUCUAUUCGACGCAGCACGGAGCACCUGACGGCCUCGUACCCAGGAUCGGCGCGGAACUCGGCGGCGGGCUCGUUGGCGAGCUCGAGGGAGAGCAGCGCGUCCCAGGGCCCGGCACCUUACCGUGUUCUUAUGCUGGGCGCCCCCGCCGUCGGCAAGAGCUCCUUGGUGUCUCAAUUUAUGACUUCCGAGUACCUGCACGCCUACGACACUUCGAUCGACGACGAGUCCGGCGAGAAAACUGUCAGCGUGCUGUUGGCCGGCGAGGAAUCGGAAUUGACUUUCAUUGAUCAUUCCUGCGCCGAGAUGACGCCGGAAAAUUGCAUCGCGACGUACGAACCGCACGCGUACUGCGUCGUCUAUUCUACGACCGAUCGGACAUCGGUGCGCGUCGCUGAGGAGGUCCUCCAGUCCUUGUGGCGAAGCGAUCACGUGUCCGCGAGGGCGGUGAUUCUCGUGGGGAACAAGAUCGACCUGGUUCGCAGCCGACUGGUGUCGACCGAAGAGGGCAAGUCCAUGGCGACGUCUUACGACUGCAAAUUCAUCGAGACGUCCGUCGGCAUCAAUCAUAACGUCGACGAGCUGCUGGUCGGCCUGCUGACGCAGAUCCGCCUGAAGCUCGAGAACCCCGAGAGGACCAGAGACGUGUUCCGAAAGCGGUCGCGGAAGAACCGCAGCAAGUCGCCGCUCGGCUCGUGCUCGGAGAACAACUCGCCUAAGAAAUACCGCGGCAGCCGGACCAGCACCAGUCUGAAGGUGCGCAAUUUGCUCGACAAGGUGUGGGCGCGCGACAGCAAGUCCAAGAGUUGCGAGAACCUGCACGUGCUGUAAAGCGCAUCGCCGCGCGAUCGAGGAUGUAUCGAUCCGUUUCGAGCUGGGCCGUCCGCAGGUCCGUUCCAUCGAACGUCUUGCGCUUCGGAGUCUUCGGGGAAUGAGCGACAGUGACUGUCGCUAUAGCGCGCGCGGAUCGUCGCCGGAGAAGAAGGCAGGUAUCGACCGCUUCGAGUGUCCACCCGCGAUUCUUCCGGCCGCGUUUCUCGACGUCGCGUGUCCCGUCGGCGGACUUUCCGGACGAUAUCUCGUCGCUCGCCGGCGAGGCCUACGCGUAUGCGCGCGCUCAGAGUCGUCGAUUUUCUCGGCGGGUUACUUUCCACUGUCGGCGGAGGGAUUGAAUUUGAUUUCGCCGACGGUGGGGAUGAUCCCGCGUCUCAGCUCGCGGUCGUCGAUUAUUUUACGACCCGCGUGACUACUUUUCUAUCGCACUUGGCGGCAGCAAGCGGCGCGUGAAAAGGGGACAAAAAUCCGUCGGGUUGACGGGUUUCUCCCCGGCCGUUUUCUCGCGGCUCGAUCGCGUUCCUUCGAACGAGCCGAACCUUUUGUAGCUCGUAUAAAUACCCGGGGCGAAGGGAGAAAGAUGAUAAAAACGCCCUUAAUCCCGACGUUCCGCGAGGGUGCAAUUUUUGUGAUUACCGUAAAACGUAAAUAUAGGCCACGCGGAGGGGGGCAAGUCCAAGCGGUAUCCCGUGCGUAAAGCAAAAUGCCCGUGAGGUGAAGCGAGCCGGCAAUCGGCGCGAAGAUUGCCGAACUCGUUAUCGCGCAUAAGCGAAGACCAUUAUAGACCGCGAGAGACCAAGGGAAUCGAUCCUUAUUGUUCCACUCGACGGAUCGCCGUGAAUAGUUACGUUCGCCGGCGCGUAAACGCGGCCGACAAUAAGCGCCGCGCGAAUUUCCCUUACGGAAAGCGAGUAUACGACGCGAAUUAUUUCCAUCCGCCGAAUUUUCGCGCGUUUUUCAUUUUACAUUUCGAGAUCUCGACGAGGAUCGACUACCGGGAAUCGAUCUGCGAGCGUGCUGGAUAUCCUUUUCGGCUAUUUCGACGGGG